AUGAAUCUCUUCGCCUCCGACUGCGUCCACUUCGGACUGACCAUCAAUACGGACAAGAUGGUGACUGCGCAUCAACGGCCAUCAACCGCUGAAAACUGUGCUCCUCGCAUCAGCGUCAACGACACUGAACUGAAGAACGUGGAUAACUUCAACUACCUAGGCAGCACAAUGUCUCGCUGCAUCCGAAUCGACGAUGUAGUGGCCCACCGGAUCUUCAAUGCCAGCCAAGCCUUCGACCGGCUGCAGAACUCCGUGUGGGAUUGCCACGGCCUCUAA